AUGCUCACAACAAAGCCCUCACCGCCUGGUAAUAUUACCGCCGUAAUAUUACCCUUCCGCGGAGGAGGCCUUUGGGGAGAGCUCUGCAACUCCUCCUGCGAGCUUCCCCAAACUUCUCCAGAAUCACAGCUCACAAUGGCGCAGUGGGAGAAUUUCAGUCACAUUUUCAGCUUUAACAAGAAAUAUUCAUACGAUGCGAAAGUGGUUGACCAGAUCGUCUCCAAUCGCAAGGCACUCGAGAACCAGCUCUUUGCCGAUCGACUAUUGAGCCUGGCUGGCAUCAAAGGAGUGACCAAGGUCUAUCCGCCGAAGACUAAUGCCGACCUCCGAUCGCUCAUCGAACACAUUGUCUCCUCGGAACUAGAUAUCCACCACAAGCAGGCCUUGAUUUACUACAUUCUCAAAGACUGUCGCAGCGCGCCAGAUGCUGCUUCUCGCUUUGCGCAAGACUGUCACCUGCCGGAGAAGUAUCGCCUCUUCAUCGAAGGACUUUGGAAUUUGGAUCGCCUUGAGUUCAGACGAGCGAUCGAAUUUCUCGCUGAACCCUCCCUUAUUCCAACCUUCCCCGACGAGAUUCUCUAUGUCUUGACUCUACCGCAGCUUCCGAAGCAUGACGAUAGUCUUGCCAUCGCCUACUACCUCACCAACGCUCCCCCUCUGGCCACCGAGAACGUCCAGCGAGCUUUCUUUGAGACCCUUUGCCGAUCGAAUGUGACGGAGGCUUUCUACUUCACGAGGAGAUACGAUGAACUGCAGCGCCGCAAUUACUUCGAGCAGCUAGUCCAAUUUGUGCACAAGUCACCUGCAGGCCAGACACGAAGCAAACGUGCGAUGGAGCUUGUUGGUCUUCCGUUGGGAGAGGAUGAGGAAGACUGGUUCGAGGAAGCCUUGCUGCAUGGAAGUGCCAGAUCCUUCCCUGGAGCUAAGGAUACGGUCAUGAUGCGACGCUUGGCCACAGGGAAGAUGAGUGAUCUUGGGACUGAACUGGAAUCCUUAGGUGGCAAGAAGGUGGACGGGCUGAAUUGGGAUACACUGCGCGAGAGCAUGCGCCAAACACAAAAUGUAUACCCUUCCUAG